GUUUUAUUGUUUAUAUGUUCGGCUGACAGUAGCUGGGGCUUCAUUAGUUCUGUUUCUUUUCCCAUUUGUAUAAUCGUCGAGUUCUAAUCCGUGACCGUGUGCAUAAGUUGCAAAACUAGCAAAAAUCAUGGAGAAGAUGAACAACCAGCCCCUGUCUCGCUCAGAGGUGUUCGGGGAGCUGAGAAAAGAGCUUCACGAGGAUAAAGAAUUUCAUCAGUCUGAUGUCCAUAUCUUCAUCAUUAUGGGUGCAUCAGGAGAUCUGGCCAAAAAGAAGAUUUAUCCGACGCUUUGGUGGUUAUUCAGGGAUGGUCUUCUUCCUGAACAGACCUUCUUUGUUGGCUUUGCCCGCUCUGACCUUACUGUAGAUGCCAUUCGGAGAGCCUGCUUGCCCCACAUGAAGGUGGCAGACACUGAGGCAGACCGUCUCUCUGCCUUCUUUAGCCGUAACUCCUACAUAAGUGGUAAGUAUAAUGAUGAAGGUGCCUUCUCCAACCUGCAUAGUCAUCUGUUGUCUCUGCCUGGGGGUGCAGAAGCCAACCGUCUCUUCUACCUGGCCUUGCCACCCAGCAUUUACCACGAUGUCACCAAGAACAUCCGACACCAGUGUCUGAGCUCAAAGGGGUGGAACCGGGUGAUUGUUGAAAAGCCGUUUGGCCGUGACCUGCAGAGCUCUCAGGAAUUGUCCGAUCAUCUUUCCUCUCUCUUCACCGAAGACCAAAUCUACCGCAUUGACCAUUAUCUUGGCAAGGAGAUGGUGCAGAACCUCAUGGUCCUAAGAUUUGGAAAUAGAAUAUUUGGUCCCAUAUGGAACCGAGAGAGUGUUGCCUGUGUGGUUCUGACCUUUAAAGAGCCCUUUGGAACCCAGGGUAGAGGUGGCUACUUUGAUGAUUUUGGCAUCAUCCGCGAUGUCAUGCAGAAUCACCUUCUGCAGAUGCUGAGUCUGGUUGCUAUGGAGAAACCUGCUUCCACCAGUUCAGAUGAUGUAAGAGAUGAAAAGGUGAAGGUGCUGAAGUGCAUUGCUCCUGUUUCUCUCUCAGAUGUGGUUUUGGGCCAAUAUGUAGGAGAUUCAGAGGGAGAGGGCGAUGCUAAGUUGGGCUACCUGGAUGACCCUACUGUUCCUAAAGGAUCUACACAGGCUACGUUUGCUACAGCUGUACUGUAUGUCAGGAAUGAACGCUGGGAUGGUGUUCCGUUUAUACUGAGAUGUGGGAAGGCACUGAAUGAGCGGAAAGCAGAAGUGAGGCUGCAGUUUAUGGAUGUACCAGGAGACAUCUUCAAUUCACAGUGCCAUAGGAACGAGCUGGUGGUGCGUGUCCAGCCCAACGAGGCUAUCUAUGCGAAGAUGAUGAGCAAGAAGCCCGGAGUCUAUUUCAGCCCUGAGGAAACAGAGCUGGACCUGACCUACCGUAGCAGAUACAAGGAUGUCAAGCUUCCAGAUGCAUAUGAGCGUCUGAUUCUGGAUGUCUUCUGUGGCAGUCAGAUGCACUUUGUGCGCAGUGAUGAAUUGAGGGAAGCAUGGAGGAUCUUCACUCCACUCCUUCAUCAGAUAGAAAAAGAGAAGAUCGUUCCCCUUAAAUAUAAAUAUGGAAGCCGUGGACCUCCCGAGGCAGACGAAUUGGCCCAGAGGGUGGGCUUCCGUUAUGCGGGAACAUACAAAUGGACCAAUCCCCACCGGCUCUGAACGGAGUAGAAAUGGUCUUUGCGUGUUUGUGUGUGUGUCAGUUUAUAUGCAGACCAAAAGAAUCUAUAGACACCAACCAUAAAAAUAAUUAACUUUUUCAUAUUAGACCUAGAAACUGUUCGUAUAUAAUAUCCUAUGUAGUCUACAGCAAUGAAUUACUCUUUUAAAGAGUCAUCUGUCAUUCCUUUAUAUUUCUUUCCAAAUACCUAUAUAGACCUAAAUGGUGUGAAAAACUUAUGACUGUUCUUAAAAUUUGCUUUACAUUCUUUUCAUCGUUUUUUUUUUUUUUAUAUCCUUUUUUGUUCUAAUCUGUAAUUAAAGUACUCUAUAUUAUAUAUCUAUAAAUAAGAGAUUACAUAAUCACUGCUACUGGAUUAAAUAAUUUUUUUUUCCAGUUUUGAAUGUCAUAAGUCUUCAGUGUUCCAGUGUUCCUUAUGUUAAUUCAUGUCCUAUUUGCAUUUCUACAGAGAACAAUGUUUUUAUCUAUCAUGGACGCAACCUUCAUAUAAACCUUUUCACACAUACAGGUCAUGGGUCUGACCCUUAAACCCAAAAGCUCCACUCUUCUGAGAUGGCUUUCCACUAGAUUUUGGAGUGAGAUUGUGGAGAUUUGUGUUUAUUCAGUCACAAGAACAUUAGUGAACAUUUCGGUUCAUAACAAAGGUGUUCAGGUUCAAGGUUGAGGUCGGGAACUCGGGCCACUUGAGUUCUUCCCCACCAACCUUGGGAAAUCUCUUUAUAUACCUCACUGCAUUGGCAUGAUGAAACGGAUGCAAUGCUGUUUAUUUCCAGAGAAGAAACUGUAAUGCUAUAGCAUAUACAGUAAAGACAUUCUAAGCAAUAGUAUGUUUCCAAUUUUGUAGCAACAGUUUAUGGUUGUGAAGAUCUGGUGUCCAAAUACUGUAUGUUUGGGCAUGACGUACAGUAUAUUAAACAGAUUUUCAGCUGUAAGAUCACAGAUAACAAAACCAUAUGUCCUUUAACUUCACUUUGUAUGCUAAACUUUGAUUUAGUAUUUAAAGUUCCCCUCGUGACGUUGCAUACAUGAUGGCGUGUGACCGUGAUUAGUGUAAGUACUAAAGAGUCUUAAGACUUUUACCUUUUUUUUUUUUAGUUUACAGUAAAUAUGUUGCUAAAUGUUCUUAAAAGCUUUUUCAACAUAAACAGCUAUUGGUUUAUAUUUUCUUAAUAUGGGGGUUAUUCAAAAUUUAUUAUUUUUAUGCAUUAGCUGAAAAUUCGAUUGGUGUUUUAACAACUAGUGUCAGUUGGUCUGUAUAUCUGUUACUAUAUUUUAUUAAAAAAGACUAACUUUAAAGAUGGAAAAUAUUUAGUUUUUUAUAAAUUGGUACAUAUUUGCUGGAGAGGUUUUUAGAAAUGCUGUUAAUGAGACUCCAUUCCAAGUUUAUCACUGAAUGUGCUUACGUCAGUCUUUUUUUUUUACAUCUAAAACCUUGGUGUUCGAUAGAUAAAUAGAUACUAAGCGAGAUAUUGUAGUUUAACUCUGUAACAGAUUAGGCUUUUUUGUUAUUUAUCUAUUCAUGUUCAUCUUUAAAUUCUCUCUUUUCAAUUUCAGUUACAUAUUUACUUACAUAUUUAGCAUUGUCUUGAUAACGGUUAUUAAAGUUUAAUUAGCAAAGCAA